AUAAAGUGGUAGAGAAGCAGAGGAGGAGAUACUCCACAGAGAGAGGAAGUCCCACAAACCAUUCAUCAAUCCAUCAUCUUACUUUCUGCAUUUUCUUUUUGUUCUGGUUUUUCUUUUGGAACUGAGAGGGUCAGAGGGAGCAGCAAGGAAAAUCUAAUCUUUUUCAAGGGGAUGUGAAGAAUGUGUUUUUGCUUUUCUGGACAUGUGUCAGAAGAGGACUGAUGGUCUAUGACUUUCCAAAACCUUUUUUAACACUUUCCUGCUGGAUCCAAGAGGGAAAACAUGGAAGAAAGAAGCAGAUUAUGGAAGUGAAAGAAAUCAGAGACCGAGUCCAGUUGAAGGAGGUGUAGGAUGGCAGGACUCCACCGUGUCCCCCUGUUCGUAAAAGUGACCUUUGACACCCGAGACAAAAACUUUCCAGGCUUUUUCAUGCUCCUGGAUCCACAGCUCAGCUGACAUCACAUCAUUCAUUCAGUUCUUUUUUAAUUCAAGAUUUAUCACCGUUCCAGACCAACACACCGGGUUAUUAGUUUUGUGAACAUGACCUAGCAGUUUGCAACAUUUGCUGGACUGAUGCAAAUGGCAGCAGCUGCACAGAUGAGCCGCUGGAGUAUGGGAAAGGCUGGGAAUGCCAUCAAAUCACACAGAAGUGGGCCAUGUGGGCGGAGGCUGGUGGUGCUGAUGUGGAUUAUCCUCUCCAGCUCACUGUGCCUGAUGGUGGAUGGGCAGAUGAAGAUCCCACCAGAAACUGUGCAGCAGUGGGCCGUCUCAUUUGGAAAAGAGAUGGCUGCGUUGUCCACGAGAUACUCUGGAGCUAAACUUUUACAAAAGAAAUACAAAGACGUUGAGGGCGUGGUGAAGAUAGAGGAGGUAAACGGUGAAGAGCUGGUGAAGAAGUUUGCCGAGGAAAUGGAAGAGAUGCUUGGGAGGAAAAUGAAAUCUGUAAAGAGGUUAGCAGAAGCAGCAGAAGAUGCUGACCUUGACCACGAGUACAACGAAACAUUAGAGUUUGACUACUACAACUCCCUGUUAAUCAACAAAGUGGACGAGGAUGGGAAUCCUGUGCCGCUUGGUGGAGAAUUCCCCUUGGAGCAAAAUGAACAUUUCAAUAAACUGCCAGUCAACACACAGCAAAGCAACAUACAAGUUCCCACUAAUGUCUACAAUCAACACACAGAUAUUCUGAAUGGAGUCUACAUGUCUGAGGCCCUGAAUGACAUUUUUAUUGAGAACUUCCAAAAGGAUCCCACUCUUACCUGGCAGUACUUUGGCAGCUCCACGGGCUUCUUCAGGCUUUAUCCAGGAAUCCAGUGGACUCCAGAUGAAAACGGUGUGGUCACAUUUGACUGUAGAAACAGAAACUGGUACAUUCAGGCAGCUACUUCUCCCAAAGAUGUGAUCAUCGUCGUGGACGUCAGUGGCAGCAUGAAGGGCCUCAGAAUGACAAUAGCAAAACACACAAUCAAUACAAUCCUGGAUACACUGGGAGAAAAUGACUUUGUCAACAUCAUAGCUUACAGUGACUAUGUUCGGUACGUGGAGCCCUGUUUUAAAGGCAUCCUUGUCCAGGCUGAUCUGGAUAACAGAGAGCAUUUUAAGCAUUUGGUGGAUGAGCUUCAUGUCAAAGGAGAGGGGAAAGUGAAAAAUGCAAUGAAGGAAUCGUUCAGGAUCCUUAAUGAGGCUGCUGCACUGGGACAAGGCAGCUUGUGCAACCAGGCCAUCAUGCUUAUAACAGACGGCGCCAUGGAGGAUUUCAAGGAUGUUUUUGAAGAGUUCAACUGGCCAGAACGACGAGUCCGCGUGUUCACUUAUCUCAUUGGACGUGAGCUGACUUUUGCUGAAAAUGUCAAAUGGAUUGCUUGCAACAACAAGGGUUAUUACACACAUGUGUCUACACUGGCUGAUGUCCAGGAAAAUGUCAUGGAGUACCUCCAUGUUCUCAGCAGGCCGAUGGUCAUCAACCAUGACCAUGAUAUCAUCUGGACAGAGGCCUACAUGGACAGUGUGAUGUUCAACACUCAAGCACAAAGCUUGCUCCUGAUGACAUCAGUAGCUAUGCCAGUGUUUAGCAAAAAGGAAGAGACUUUGUCCCAUGGGAUUUUGCUGGGAGUGGUUGGGACAGAUGUGGCUUUGAGAGAACUGAUGAGAUUAGCUCCAAGAUACAAGCUGGGUAUCCAUGGUUACGCCUUUCUCAUCACCAACAAUGGCUACAUCCUGUCUCAUCCUGAACUUCGACCUUUGUAUAAAGAGGGGAAGAAACUAAAGCCUAAACCCAACUACAACAGUGUUGAUCUGUCAGAAGUGGAAUGGGAAGACACAGAGGAAAAACUGAGGUCCGUCAUGGUCAAAGGAGAAACUGGAACAAUGUCUUUAGAUGUGAGAUCUUCUGUAGACAAAGGGACACGAGUCAUCUUCUUAAAGAAUGACUACUUUUACACUGUCAUCAAUGAGACACCAUUCAGUUUAGGGAUAGUACUGAGUAGGGGGUAUGGGCAGUAUAUCUUCACAGGAAAUGUCUCGGUUGAGGAGGGUCUUCAUGAUUUGCUGACUCCAGAUCUGACCAUAGCCGAUGAGUGGACCUACUGUGAGAUAGAUAUCGACCCAGCUCAUCGUAAACUCAACCAGCUGCAGGCUAUAGUAAAAUAUCUCACAGGCAAAGAUCCGAAUCUCCAGUGCGAUGCCCAGUUAUUGCAGCAGACGCUGUUUGACACUGUGGUUACUGCACCUAUGGAAGCUUACUGGACGGCACUGAUGUUAAACGCAUCUAGUAUGGAUGAUGGUAUUGAGACGGCGUUCUUGGGGACCCGUUCAGGCUUGUUGAGAUUCCUGAAGUAUGCUGGAAUAGAGAAAAGAGUUGGCAAGUCUUUCCUGACCUCCACAGACAAAGAGAAUAUGUUCACGCUGGACCAUUUCCCAGUGUGGUACCGCAGAGCAGCGGAGCACCCAGCUGGACAGUUUCUGUACUACAUGCCCAGACAGGACACAAGAGAUACAUUCAAGGACUAUGAGGCCGACUAUAGUGGCACCUUGAGCUCAGAUGAGGUGGAGCAACAGUCGAAAAAGGGACAGAGAAAACAGAGGGAUGAUGAUGAGGAGGAGGUUGUGGAGGAGGAGGCAGGAAGAAUAUUGAUCGCCUCCACCGCUGUCACUGUGACGGUGGGAAAGAAAACGGCCAUCGCUGGAGCUGUUGGGGUCCAGAUGUCGUUGGAGGUGCUUGAGUCCAGGUUUUGGGCCAUCGCAGCUCAACCAAACGACACAGAUUGCUCCACUGUGGAAGGGCUCUGUCCUCUUCGCUGUGACAGAUUUGACAUCGAGUGCUACGUGAUUGACAAUAAUGGGUUUGUCCUGAUUUCUAAACAGCGCAGUGAUGCGGGGCGGUUCUUUGGUGAAACUGACGGGUCGGUGAUGACCACGCUAAUCAGAAUGGGCAUGUUUAAGAGGGUGUCCUUGUUUGACUACCAGGCCAUGUGCAAGACCAGCUCUCAUUCUGUCAGCGGCGCACGCCCACUCCUCAGUCCCUUAUAUGCUUUGGCUUCAACCUUCAAGUGGUUCCUCUCCAACUUCCUACUGUUUCUACUUGAGUUCAAUAUCUGUAGCCUCUGGCACAUGGACAGCUUUGGUGAAGCCAAGCCAUCCGUCAGUGGGUCUUACGUUCACAAGAAAAGAGGGAACAUGUUGCAGCCGUGUGACACAGAGUACCCCAGCUUUGUUUACGAGCCGUCAGUCAAAGAGACCAACAGCAUUAUUAAAUGUGGACGAUGUCAGAAGAUGUUUGUGGUGCAGCAGGUACCAGAGAGCAACCUGCUGAUGCUGGUGGUGCAAGGAGACUGUGACUGCUCCAGACAGUACCCACCCAUCACCUUGGAGCCCAUGGAAGUCAAGUAUAAUGCAUCAGUGAAGUGUGACAGGAUGAGGUCCCAGAAAAUUCGUAGGCGCCCUGAAUCCUGCCACUCCUAUCACCCACAGGAGAAUGCUGAUGACUGUGGAGGGACUUAUUUUAUACGUCUCUCGUCCUGUCUCCUGUUCAUCUGCAUCUCGUUCACCGCGCUUGUUUCUUGAUGCUACUAGACCACCUCUUUACCCUUUUACACACAGAGAGGGUGAAAAGAAAACAUUUAAAUAAAUAGGUUUGUUUCCGUUCACCUCAAGUGGAUUUUUUUUAAAGCAACAGCUCUGCACAUUCAGCUCCUGAUGACUGGAAACCAGGAAUCUGCUGGUGGACUUCAGACAUGGAUCAUCUCUGCUUUUCACUUUUGCACUAUUUUGUGUCUCAGAAUAAAAAAGGGAUUAAAGGUCAAAUGUUUGUGCUCCGGAUUAUAAACAAGUCUCAAAAUGAUUAUAUACAACUGCAGGUAUGUACUGGAAGUACAUUAAGGCCUCUAAUGUUUUGUUUGUUUUACUCAUGUAUGACGUGUUGCUUUUUAUUGCUAAGUGAUGUUGCAAAAUUAUAUAUUUAUUUUAUUUUAUAGGAUUUUUGGACCUAUAAACAUUUUGAUGAUGGAUCAUAAUGGCUCAGUGCCUGAAAAGCAGUCAAAACAGGGCUAUUAUACAGAUGAAGAUUAUGUAUAACAAGAAUACUGAAAUGUUACAAAAAACUUAUCUGUGUCUUUUUGAGUUUUUAUUAAAGGUGGAAUAUGGAACAUUUAAAUAAAAAGCUAUAUUUUGAAAUAAAUAAUGCAUCCGUGGGGCAUUUAGAGGUGAGCAAAAUGAAUGUACAGUUUCUCCUAUAAAAAAUUUUAAUUUUUAAUUUUUAAUUUAAUUUUAAAAAAUUUAACAAUCAAAAAUGUAUUUUGACACUGGGUUUAUGUUUACAUCUACCAGCCAAUAGGGGGCACUGUUGUGGUAAAAAGUCCGCUUGGCAGAGCGAGGCUGGAACUGGGUCAAGCAGCUGAUUCUGAGCCCAGAAGAUGUUCUAACAGUAAAUACGGUGAAUGUUGUAAAAUAAACCUGUUAGUAGAAAUUAGUGCUUACCCUGUACGAUUCGUCACUGGACACGGUGCUGGCUGGUCACUUCACAUGUCAGUAAACGACACCCUAAUGGCUGGAAAAUGUGUUCUAUUGUUGUGCUACCACCUCCAAACACUAGAUGUUGCUUGUGUCCAUGUUCCACCUUUAAGAUUACACUCUAAAUUAUGUGUGUUUAUAUGUUAUUAUGUACAUUUGUUUGGGUGGAUAAAUAAAAUCCAGAUAUGUGCAGAUUUUUUCCCAGGGUGUAAUUAAGCUAAUGUCAUUCAUUUUUUUACGUGUACACAUGUAUCCUAAAAAAGUAUAAUUUGUACUUUUAUCUAGUUCCAGAUGGUUCAGUAAUUAAAACAAAAACUUUACACAUCUCAUGUGCUACUUAUUGUAUAUUUGACCUUAUCCUCUGAAUCCGUUUUGUUUUUCCUUAAAAAAAAGAUGUAUUUGUUAUGUGACAAUUAAGAUCUGUGUUUGCUUUAAAAAUCAUGUAACAAAUAUUUACAUAAUUUGUUAAUUUAAAUAUUAAUUUUCUGUUUCAAUCAAGCUGCUCAAAAUAUUUAUCUUUACUUAUGCCUGAGUUUUAUAUUUUAUGAAAAAAUGGAUGAAACAAUGAAGCAAACUCAAUUGUUCAUGUUUACAAAUAACUUUUUCACAGCAUUCAGUAAAUUCAAUUGUUAACCACACUAAAUAAAGUUAUGAUAUGUACAGUAUUUUCUCUUUUUUAAAGUUGAUUUUUUCCAACAUAACCGAGAUAAAUAUCAGUGCAUGUGAAUAUAUAGAACGUGCGGCUGUAAUUUUUACUCUUUGAAAUGAAAUGCUUGUUUGUUAGAUUUCUUCAUGUUUUUUUUUGUUGUUUUUUUUCAAAUGUACAGUGAAUAAAACCACGUUUGUAUAUCA